GGGUGGCAAGACACGGUGAGGCUGUGGCCGAGCGGCUCCUGCAGAGGAAGCAAGUUUGCGAAGCCCGUCAUGAGUGCUAUGCAUACCAGGUCAACGUAGCCGAUCUUAGGCUUCAGCCUCAUGGACGCCUGAAGGCGUCAAGGGACGGGCCCAGGGGAUUCGAGACAUGGACGACACCGAGCCAUGCGUCUCAAUGUAGGCGGCUCUCGAAGUGGCAUGGCUGGAGAGAGAGAAUGUCCGCGCUGAUGGGCGUGAUGACUGGAACAGUCGAUUGAUCUGGUCCAUCAUCCCUGGACCUUGCUGUGCCGGGUCCAGCAGUGUGGCCGGGAUCCCGGUAGGUUCAAGUUGCAAACUGGGACGGUUGGCGCGUGCAUGACUGUGUGCCUUGUCACCUUCUAGCCGGGCUCUUGAAUGUUAUCCUUACCUUGGGACCACUUCACGGCCGUUGCCUUUCUUCCCCUUGUCCGCCUCAGCCUCACAGUGUAUUGCCUGGCCAGCGCAUGCAGUGCAGCCCAACGAUAGACUGAUUUCACUGGUGGAUAAGGACUGCCUUCACAGACACACGUCUGGUGACUUGCAACUGCCGGGUGACAGCGUUGCGACGUGCGGUGAGUGAAGCAGCAGCGGUGAUCCAUGGCUGACACUGCUAUGACUGAACUUGAACUGCCAUGGCACGGAGCUGCUGUGCAACCUUCCUAGUUUAAUGUCUGGCCAGACCCAUGGGAUUCAUCGAGGUAGCAGCUCUGCCCAUUUUCAAUCUGCUUCAACUAAAGCGCCUAAGCACCGUGGUCGUCGAAAUUGACCUCACCAAUUCCUUGGACUCCAGCCUCCAGGAGAGCACCACUAACAGCAACAUUUCAUCCCACCGCAUCCCACGAUGAAAGAGCAACUGUCCCUUACCGCAAGCAGCCCCAAAGCAUUUGAUGAUGCUGCCAACAGGCAGCAGCUGCACGGCGUGUCCUUCAUCCGCUAUCAAUGGCUGGACCUGCUUGGAAUCCUUCGCACUCGAGUCUUGUCCAAAUCCUAUGCUUCCAAAAUGCUACAUGACUCCAAGUUUCUGUCUGUUGGGCCCGCCGCCCUCUACUGUAGCUACGUCGAUGAACCAGAUACGACUCCUCGGAGUGCAGCCAGCACCAUUCGGCCGGACUGGCGGUCUCUCCUGCCAUGCACUUACUAUCCUCAUGCUUCUCACGCCUCCGUCAUGUGCUACGUGCACGAGGGCGUAGACAAUAUGCAGAUGAAACGUGAUCCCCGUUCGGUCUUGGACGAAGUUGUUCAGCGGGCUCAAUCAUUGCACGGUAUCGAAUACUUGGUGGGCUUCGAGCUGGAGUUUGUGGUUCUGCAGAAGUCCAAAGAUGACAGCAAGCAGUGGGAAACUCUAGACGCUGUGGCCGGUUGGUCCACGGCUGCCGCAUUGCACGGCGAGAUCACACCCAUUCUCGAAAAGAUCUGUCAUCAGCUGCAGGACGCCGGCAAUGGCAUCACCGUCUGCCAAUUCCACACCGAAAGCUCUCAGGGCAUGUUUGAGAUUGUCACCGGUCCUCUGCCGCCCAGGGAAGCCGUCGAUGCCCUAGUAUUUGCCACGGAAGCGAUCAAGGCUACCUUUUUGACACACGGGUACAAGGCAACAUUCUUCCCCAAAAGCGGCAGCGGCCAUACAGGACAGCACCUUCACCUCUCCAUCCAGAAUCCCAAGCCGCAUCACGAGACGCAGUUCCUGGCAGGUCUACUCGCUCAUCUCCCUGCGGUCUGUGCCUUCACCAUGCCCAAUCCUGAUAGUUAUGGUCGGGUCGAAGAUUUCGCCGGGGCGACCGGUACCUGGGUCAGCUGGGGCACGGAACUUCGAGACGUGCCGAUCCGGAAAACCGACGCCACGCAUUGGGAGAUACGGUGUGCCGACGGGACCGCAAACAUGUAUCUCGGCCUUGCCGCCGUUCUUCAUGCAGGACAGUUGGGACUGGAAAAUUCGUUGGAGCUCACCAUUCAAGACGCCACCGAAGCUCCCGGAACAAACGAGGUAAUCCGAUUGCAGCGGAACAUCACCCAAAGACUACCGCGAUCACUCCUCGAGGCUGUGAGUGCGCUGUACGAAGAUGAGGCCCUGUAUACAGCAUUGGGCGGGGAGCUGUGCGCCAAGUAUUUGCGUCAUAAGACACUCGAGGCCAAGAUCCAAGGCAUGUUGUCGGAAGAAGAGCGCAGGGCCACAUGCAUUCAAUUUUGGUAGACCUUGAGACCGUGAGAUUCAGGGCUGCUGCAGCAGUGUUACCACCACUCUGACCGUAUCAGGCUGAAGCUGUGACAAGCAGGGCAAAGAUGCCCGCAAUCGAUUCCCCGAACAAUAAACCACUGGCCCAGAUCAUCAAUGUAUCAUGAUCCUUGCCACAAAUGUCCAACCAGUACCAAUUGAACAUUCCGCCUAGAGCUCGCGUGAUGGUGAAUGCUGGCGUGUUAUAAAUCCCUGCCAGGGUGGGUAGAGCUUUGUCAGUCUUGCAGGGCGUGGGUGAGGCACUGUUGUGACAGGGAGAGUUUUCUCAGGUUUUUUGCUCUGGCGGCAAUCAAGAUAGAAAAAACCUAAUUAGCACUUACCAAUGGCAAACGCCACGCCGCCUGGAAUCCAGUGCCUCCAUCUUG